UUCUCUUCCAACGAAUAACGAACGGAUAUGUUGCACAAUACAUAUGGUUAGAUCUCUUGAGACUCAGCGUUUAGCUAAAAGAACUACGAGAAGCCACUGAGAAAGAAAUGGCCGCUGCUUCUUCACUCAUUUCCACAGUCUUCCACUUCUCUUCUCCACUUUCUCGCUCUCCAAACAGAAAACUAUCUCUCCCUCUUUCUAAUCUUAAAUGUCUCUCUCUCCUCCAUAGAAACCAUAACAAUAACAAUAACAAUAACAACAACAAUUCUCGCAUCCUCUGUUUCCUGAAUCAGUUUCUCCACUCUCGCUCUUUAACCCCACACAAUCCCUUGUUUGCUCAAAACCCCUCUUCCUCCUCCUCUUCUUCUUCUUCGGCUUUUAACUCGCUGCUUCUUCUCUGCACCUCACUUGCCUUAUCCGUCUCUCUAUUCGUCGCCGAUGUGGACCCGGCCUCCGCUUUCGUCGUUACAACUCCUCGUAAAUUGCAGACCGAUGAGCUUGCUACUGUUCGCCUCUUUCAAGAGAACACUCCUUCCGUUGUUUACAUCACCAAUCUGGCCGUCAAGCAAGAUGCUUUUACUUUGGAUGUGUUGGAGGUGCCUCAGGGGUCAGGGUCUGGGUUCGUGUGGGAUAAAGAAGGUCACAUUGUCACCAAUUAUCAUGUGAUUCGCGGUGCUUCUGAUCUCAAGGUCACUCUUGCUGACCAGUCAACUCUUGAUGCAAAAGUUGUUGGAUUUGACCAAGACAAGGAUGUUGCUGUAUUGCGAGUUGAUGCACCCAAAGAGAAAUUAAGACCAAUACCUAUUGGUGUUUCUGCUGACUUGCUUGUGGGUCAGAAAGUAUAUGCUAUAGGCAACCCUUUUGGACUUGAUCACACUCUAACAACUGGCGUCAUCAGUGGGCUUCGUAGAGAAAUCAGUUCUGCUGCUACUGGCCGUCCUAUUCAGGAUGUUAUCCAGACAGAUGCUGCCAUUAAUCCUGGUAAUAGUGGAGGGCCACUUCUUGAUAGUUCAGGAAGCCUUAUUGGGAUAAAUACAGCCAUAUACUCCCCAUCUGGUGCAUCCUCUGGCGUUGGAUUUUCAAUCCCAGUUGAUACUGUAAGUGGCAUUGUUGAACAGUUGGUGAAGUUUGGAAAAGUUACAAGACCUAUUUUGGGUAUUAAGUUUGCACCUGAUCAAUCUGUUGAGCAGUUGGGAGUAAGUGGGGUGCUUGUCUUAGAUGCUCCUCCAAAUGGUCCAGCUGGCAAAGCAGGUCUGCAAUCCACCAAACGCGAUGCCUAUGGGAGACUUAUUCUGGGUGAUAUCAUAACAUCUGUGAAUGGAAAAAAGGUUACAAAUGGCAGUGACUUGUACAGAAUUCUUGACCAAUGCAAAGUAGGCGAUCAGGUAAUUGUGGAGGUGUUGCGCGGUGAUCACAAGGAGAAGAUUCCAGUAAUACUUGAACCAAAGCCUGAAGAGUCUUGAAUAAAGGUACGGUCUGUAUAAAUAGUUGGUUACAUAUACGAGGGAAUGCUAUUAUUUUGUAUAUUGAUUGAUGCAAGACAAAGAAUUGUACAUAUAUCAACUACUGUAUUGUCUCGGAUAGCAAUUAUUACGCUGAUAAAGCAAAAAUAGUGUGAAUUUAAUCUCAA